UUCACCCAGAUCAGGCUCAGGCUCAGGCUCAGGCUCUUUUACCACGCGCUUUUGUGUGGCCAUCACUUCUUUUGGUAUCGCAUAACUCCGUCUCCGUGCCAAUAAUGGCGUCUCAAAAGACAGUUGCGGAGGUACCCCGUUCCAUCCUUCCCCGUCUUACAUGGAACGGCUCUUCUGCUCGGACGACUAUUGCACCCCCGACCACUCUUCCAGCAGCGCGCCAACAGAAGCAGCAAUUGACACGCUUCUGGAACCAGGCUGGACGGCAUUUACACAGUCUAGCUAGCCUCUCUUCUUCCUCCCUAAGUCACUCCGCCACACCCCGGGGCACUGGUGCUUCGUCGGCGAUCGCAAAGCGGUUUGCCUCGGCCCGCCACACAACCAGCCCUCCCGAUGUACAAGGCCUCGGCCAUCCUAUCCGCUAUGACGGUGUCUAUGUCGCCGCCUUCAAGCCUGCUCGACGUGCUUUCCAUGCUUCCACAGUCCGUCAACGAGAUCACCAUUUCGAUACUCUGAAGUUCGUACAGCGGUUGAAGGAUGAAGGGUUCAGUGAGGAGCAGGCCGUCGCCAUGAUGAGAGUUUUGAAUGAUAUCAUCGAAGAGUCGAUCCAAAAUCUUACCCGUACAAUGGUUCUAAGAGAAGACACCGAACGAUCAGCAUAUACACAAAAGGUCGACUUCGCCAAGCUCCGCUCCGAAUUGCUAAAUGCAGACUCGACCGAAGCGCAACUGACGCGCUCAUCGCACGAGAAGAUUGCUGCAGACCUUGCCAAGCUCAACUCGCGCCUCCGCGACGAGAUUGGGCGCACACAGGCGUCCGUGCGCCUGGAUUUGAACCUCGAGAAAGGCAGGAUUCGUGAAGAAGCGAAUGGACAGGAAAUGCGCAUCAAGGAGACAGAAACACGGAUCGAGCAGGAAGUUGCCGGCUUAAGGGAGCGUGUGGAAGCAGUCAAGUUUUCCACUCUACAAUGGCUCAUGGGUGUAUGCACCGGUACCGCUGCACUUAUUCUGGGUGCCUGGCGUCUUUUCAUGUGAGAAUUUUAGCGUACUUGGAGGAUUACAUUACUGCAACCUCAAGAUCUGUAUUAUAGCAACUAUUUGUUCACCAUAUCUUGUUUCAUGAGCAUGCUGGAGCUCUACAGCGGCGUCCAUCAGGGACUCACUGGGAAACACCGCUCCCACUCUCAUCCACCGAUGAAAGACAAUAAUGCUCGAAACCAACCACCCUAGUGAUCCAUCCAGUUUCCAAGUGUGUUAACCUGAAUAGUUCUGGUUCAGCC